UACUUCGUACAAGAGUUGCAACUCGAACAAAGACCAUAUUUUUGGCUUCCCGCCCGCAAGUGUUUUCAUUGCGUCAUAACCUCUCCAUUUGUGCUUUGCAUAGUUAUGUUCUCAUCACACCAGCUUCUUUAAACAAAUUACAUGUUAUAACCAUGAAGUUCUUUGUGUAUAUGAUAUUCAAACUCUUUAUGGUGAUAUCUGUGUCGAGCCGACGGAUCCUCCGAACUGAAUCUUUUGAACCAAGUCGACUGAUUCCGAAAAACCAUAUCGACGACGAGCAGUCCAAGAAAAUCAUGCACCAAUUCCCGAUCACUAUGGAAGACCUGGCGGAUAUACCUCACGUCUCCAAUCAAGGGCCUAGUCAAAGCGGGUUUCCGGAUCUUGCCCACGAUAGUCCUCUCAUAUCGGAUAUCCUUAGCAAAACUAGGGAAGUCAAUAUUUUCGCCUCCUUAACGCGCGAAUUUGAAUAUCUUUCCAAUCAGCUUGAGAACAAGUCGAAGAAUGCAAUAGUUCUGGCACCGACGAAUAUCGCCAUAGAGAAUCUAUCACACAAACCUUGGGAAAGCACUAGGCACUAUGUCAAUUUCGGAGAAAGGGAAGCUUACGUGGGGAAGAAUGGCGAGGAAAGAGCCGCCGAUAAUCUCAAGACGUUUGUCGAAGCUCAUAUAAUACCUUCUAAAACAUGGUCUGAAGAAAAGGAGGCGUCAACUUUGGCAGGUCAAAAAUUGAUUUGGCGAAAGGACGAAACUGGAAAAUCCUACAUUUAUCCCGGCCACAUUGGAGUCAAAAGAAUUGCCGGCCAAGUUUCCAACGGUGAGGUUUGGAUCUUGGACGGUGUGAUCGAGCAUCCACAGCCAGAAAUUAGAAAUUCAGCGGAAAGGAAACUGACGCCCACAUCGUAAGAAGCUGAUCAUAGCAAACCUCAUGCAAGGCACCACCUUUUAUUAUUAUAUGGUGUAUAUUAUCCCUGAACAGACGGAAUUGGAAAUUGCUAUAUUGCUACUAUCU